AUGACUGAUAGCUAUAGACAGCUUGCAGUGGACUUAGCCUCUCGUUUCAACGGUGAAAUCAUCAAUGGCGAUGCAAUGCAGAUGUAUCGUGGUCUACCCAUUAUAACGAACCAAAUCCCAACCGAGGAACGAAAUGGCAUCCCCCACCACCUCCUCAGUUGCAUCGACCCGGACGCAGAAGCAUGGCGCGUAGGGUUAUUUAAACGCGAAGCUCUCCGGAUCAUAGAUGACAUUCGAUCAAGGGGAAAGGUGCCCAUACUUGUUGGAGGAACGCAUUAUUACACGCAAGCGGUGCUUUUCAAAGACCAGCUCGUGGGCGAAGGGGUGGACGACGAAGGCGAGCGCGAGCAGCUCACGGAGUUUAGCUCCACUUCUUCGAAGUGGCCAAUUCUAGACGAGUCGACCGAAGUCCUCUUGGAGAAAUUGCGAGAGGUCGACCCUGUCAUGGCUGGUCGUUGGCAUCCAAAGGAUGGGCGCAGAAUCCGUCGCUCACUGGAGAUAUUUUUCCAGACUGGACGGCCAGCUUCGGAGAUUUACAAAGAGCAGAUGACGCAGAAGAGAAAGGCCAUGGACCAGAGUGAUAGUCUAUUGCGAUUCUCGAAUACAUUGGUGUUUUGGGUCCAUGCCGAGAAGGAGGUUCUCAAUGCGCGCCUGGAUGCGCGUGUCGAUGACAUGGUCAAGCAGGGCUUGAUGACUGAGGCGCAGAAGAUGUCGGAUUACCUGCAAGAGAAAGCUUCGCAGGGAGUCGAGGUCGACCAAACGCGAGGAGUGUGGGUGUCAAUUGGAUUCAAGGAACUGGCGAACUACUUCGAAGUUGCCCGGAAAGGUGAGCAGAGCGAAAAAGAGCUCGAAGAUCUCAAGCGGGCUUCUUUGGAACAAAUACGGACUGCUACACGACAGUAUGGAUCGUCACAAGUCAAAUGGAUCCGCAACAAAUUGUGGCGUGCCCUCACAGAAGCUGGCGAGACGAAUCGUCUAUACCUGCUGGACAGUUCGAAUGUCAGCAACUGGAGCGAGUGCAUCACUCAACCCUCGGAGAAGAUUGUACAAAUGAUGCUUCAGAAUGAACCCACUCCUGACCCCAAAUCACUUUCUCAGCUGGCGGCGACUGAGUUCGGGGCGAAAGAGGCCCAAGUCAAGGCGCCGAAAGAGCUGAUUGGGAAAGUCUAUACCUGCGAAUGCUGCAAAAAGACGUUGGCGGGCGAGGACCAGUGGAAUAUUCACCUCGAUAGUUAUCAGCAUAAAAGGGGCCUUAAGUCUGCAAAGAAGAGGGAAGCGCGUGAUGAAUAUUUCCGGCAGAAGGAGUUGGAAGCACAGGAGGCUGCUGUCAACGAGAAACUCGAACAGGGACCUGAGAAUGGCUCAUGA